AUGGGAAGAAGAAAAACUAGAAAUAAUGCUUCUCUAACUGAAAAGUCGACAGGUUCAAAUAAUGUAAGGUUUACUGAUAAUAAAACAGUUACCACUAACACCACCACUGCAACUACUACCGGUAAUAAAGUUACAAAAAAGAGAAAACAAGUCCCUUACCAUCUAGUCACUCCUGAAGAGCCAAAUUAUACUUUAAAUAGAUUGGGCUCUUCACAGUUAUAUGCAAAUAAUGAUACUACGAAUACUAAUACUACGAAUACUAAUCCCAAUGUCAAUGCUAGUGCUAAUGCUAGUGCAACAACCACUGCCACAACUACAAACUUGAACGGUUCAAUGAAAAAUACAAAAGAAUUGGAAUUCGCAAUACUGUCGGUUUUGAACAAUUUGAAAUCCAUUGAAAAGGAAAGUAAAAACAAAAACAAAAACCUUACCGAAAUAAAUAUAGAUUCAUUGCUUUUCCAACAAAUAAUUCAAGUUCUAAAUAGCUCUUUAAAUUCAAUUGCUCAUUGGUCACUACAAGCUCAACUCUCAAAUUUAAAAAAUAUCUCUGCGAAUCAACCACUUACAAAUCAACCAGUACCUAAUAAUAACAGGAUUAUCAACGCUACAGAUGAAGAUAACAAUAAUCUGAAAUUACCAAAUUUAAAUUUAAAUCCUUCAAAAAGUUUAGACAUACAGAAUUUAAUUUCAAACUCCCCUUCACCUUCAACAAAUUCACCGUUACCUUCAAUUAAUUCCAUACACACAACUCCAAAAAAAUCUACUCUAAGGUCACUAAAUGAUAAUUUGCUGUUAUUAGAAAAAGCAUCAAUAUCAAAUACAAACAUAAAGGACAAUGAUAUUUCACAUCAACAAAAACUACCAACCACACCACCAUUCACAAAUAGGAUAAUGAAUCAACCUACAAAAUUAAACGAGAUUUCAUCUGCUAAUAUAUCUUCAUCUACUAACAUCACUAGUACAGUUGCUAGUAAUGCUAAAUCUAACUCCAAAGUUAGCGUUUCUACUGAUAAUAAGAAACAAGCUACUUCUCCUGCUACUACAACUCAAGCAUCUAACGUAGUAAGUACAUCUGCUCCAUAUUCUCUAAAAUUAGUAGAAAAUAAUAAACCACAUCCAAGGAUGAGAAGAACUGGUGAUAAUCCAUCAACCAGUGAAUUCAUAAGAGUUUUCCAUUUACAAAAAGAUUAUGGUGUCUAA